CUUUUUCUGUCUCCAAGUCACUAAUUCCCUCCCCAAAUCCGCCAAGUAUCACCUCAUCUGACGUGUCCAAUUCUUCGCGACACCCCAAUCCCUUUCGAGUUCCAUGUCCCCGUGUUCGAAUUCUGCUCGCCAUGGCUGCGUCUGAGGGCAUCUCCAGUCGGGCCAUGAAAAAUCAGGUGCGCAUCCGUGGCCCAAAACCGGACGUCUGUUAUCACUCCAGGUCGCUUGACGAGCUUGAGACCCUGCUGCGCAAACACAUCAGCCUUUGCAAGGACAAAACGCCGCCCAAGACGGCGUAUGCGCAGUUCAUCUUCGAGUCCGACGUCGCGUUCCAGAUCAAUGACAUCGCGACCGCGGACGGGAACAGCAUCCGCGAGCACUUCCCCAACGUCCAGGUGCCGCCGUCGACGGCCAGCAAUGAAACCGUGACGGUGUCGUUGCCCGUGUCGGACGCUGUUGCGCAGGUCUCGGACACAAAGGCCAAACUGCGACGCCAGCGCGCGGUCGGCAAGGCGAUUCUGAGGUCCAUCCAGGACGUCGACGGCUUCAACUACUUUGAGAAAGAAGCGUGGGACACCAAACACGCGGACGGCUAUCGCUUCAAGUACCUUUGCAAGGACUCCUGCCAGAACAAGGACCGCGCCCUGGGCAAGACGCGCAAGUCCACGGACGCGUUCUCGCUCCAGAAUUCUACCAGCAACAACGGUGCCGGAACGCCAGGCGGCGCGUCGGCGUCGGCGGCCGCAGCCGGUGCCGACCAGCAUAUGAACGGAGACCAAUCCCCGAGCAAAGCCGACUCGCCCGCACGUCUCCUUCUGUACGAAUGCAAGGGCUCCAUCUUUGUCAAGUUCUCGAGCUCCCAGCAAAUCGUCGAUGUCGUGUACCAGCACCUUCCCGUUCACAACGCGAGCAACGAGCGGGCUCCCGACACUGCUGAGCCAUCCAAAUCAAGGGCCAAUCUUGUCAGUAAUGGAUUAGUCCACGACGACUCUGCAGAACCGAUGGACACCAGCGAAAUGGCGUCGUAUGCGACGCCUCAAGCCGGGACGCCUGUCGUCGCGCCUGUAGAAGACCCUGGCAAGGGCAAAAAGCGGAAACGCACCUCCACCAAACCAAUCCGCAACAGCAUGGUGGAGGACGACGAGAUGAGCGACCUGGAACCUCUCGAUGAUGAUUGGGAUGAUUCUCAUGACAACAAUCAAGACCCUCCUCCGCCUUUGGUCGACCCAAACUGGGAACCCGACCCUGGAGACGGCGAUCUCUGGCGUCCCUCAGUCGUGACUCUGAUCCCUGGCCUCAAGACACAGUCGAAACAAUCAGGUCGCAAAAGUUACGGCUCCUCCAACGCUGCUCAGGCUUCCGCCUCGGCAUCUGCAGCCGGUGCGGCAAACGAUUCAUCCGCAUCAGGAUCAGACUUCGAGGGCACCAAGAAGCCCAAGAAGAAGACUGGCCCUAGAGGCAACAAAGCGGGGAAGCCGUCUUCUUCAAGUGCUGCUGCUGCGGUUGCAGCCAAAGAAAAAGAGAAGGAGAAGGAGCGAGAGGCAGUAGCGGUAGAGUCAGAUCGUGGCCUGAGGAGGCGUGCGAAGACAGGAUGUUGGACGUGUCGCAAUAGGAAGUUGAAGUGCGAUGAAGCACGUCCGCAAUGCAGCCAGUGUGCACGGAGUCGGCCUCCGAGGGAAUGUAGUUUUCCGGAAGAUGAAGGUACGAUUUGUCCACACUCAUUCCCUCUCUUCGAUAUCAGCCUUGCGUCUUGAGCGAUCUAGAUGGACUGAUUCCGUUAUUCAGAUAUGUCGGAUGCCCCACCACCUUGAGGACCGUCUUCGAGGAAGGGGAAGAUGUUUAGCGAGUGGUUUGUUUCGCUUGAAGCGAGGAGAAUCUCGCACUACGAUUACAAUACGUGGCUUCCUUACAGCAUCACGACUCUUCGAGCAGGAAGUAGCUCAAUUGCUGGCCAAAAAAGUUCCCUAAAUAACAAUUUCAGGAGAGCACGGCCUAAAUCUUGAUACCAGCUAGGGAGGAGUUUUGGACUCGGCAAACAUCUUGUGCCCGUUUUCAUGUUGGGCAGAAAUGGCAAAUGGCCGAGCUGUACGUGUAAAGAGCAUAGCAUGCGACGUACUCAAGCGUAAUCACCGUUUUAGUAGUCAAGUAUGAAGCCAUGCGCGUGAUCACAGAUGCGAGUCGCAAAGGUUGCAUAAUUUUGGAGCCGGUGUCGUAAGACAAUGCAGCUUUGGACGGAUCUUCGGAUAUAAACUAGCCUACAGCCAAAAUCGUAGAGGCUGAGUUAGCCGCACGUUUAACAAGAGCAGACUUAAGAGGGUGUUUUACACGAAGCAUCCUGAUGGAUUCUCCACACGAGGAAAAAAAGGAACAUAGCCAAACCGGGAGUCCUUUCAAUCCUUCCAAGCGGUUUGCAUCAAUAUUCUCGGAGCCUAGUUCGACAGCUCAGAAAUUGAAAUUGGAAAGGAGGACCAAAAGGCUGGCUAAACAUGCCAAAAAAAAAAAAUCUCAGCGUCAACUUUCUGUGCGACAUCGUCACAUCGAAACAUUCCGCACAGUCUCAAAGAGCCCUUGCAAGUUCUUGACGUUUCUUGCGUGAACCAAAGGCAGACUUGCGCGAGUUGCAGACGAGCAGGAAAUGACCUAACGUGGAAAAAAAAAGGGGGGACUUGGUACGGACAUGUGUGAGCUAUUGCAAUGAUUCGUUUUAUAUACCGUGGUAAACGAUGCGCUG